GUGUUUAGAUCGUUUCAGACGUGCAAACGAGUUAGAAAAAAACUAACCCGGAUGGACCGCGAAAUUUCAAACAAGAGCUCAGCGGUGUUUAUUUAAAUGUUUGUGAUGAGCCUGUACCAUUAAGCAUGAAUCCGUCAGAGCGAUUUUUCUCGAAGCUGCGAAAGCUCACCGUGUAUCUGGAGACUGAAAGCAGUAGCCUCUUGCAUACAAGCCAGAACCUCAAAGAGGACGAGGAGGAUGAAGAGACUGGAGCUCAAGCACUUUAUCAGCUGCACUCUGAAGUCAGAGCACUAAAGAGGCAAGUUAGGGAUCAGGUGGCUACCCAUGAUACAAGCAGUGCUGACCUGAGGAGCUUCAUCAGAAGAUGUUUGGUGCUGAAGCAGAGAACCACAGAAGACAUUGACAGUCUGAAGAAACACUAUGAGAAAUAUGGUUACAGGCCACGGAUAUCAAGACUGGGAAGUGCAGAGGUGAAUGGUACAAAAGAAGCAGAGGAGCGUGCAAAGAGAGAUGCAGAAAAGCCAGAUGCAGAAGAGGAAGAUGAAGAGACGGAACGUGGAGAUUGUGACAAGGUUGAUCAGUCAGUGACCCCUGAGAAGAUGCCUCCACCUGUUGACCAGCUGCAGACACCAAAGCUGUCAGAUUUUGGCCUGUCUGCACUCCAGUUUCAGAGAGUGCUUGGUGAAGCAGAGGUCCCACUGAGUGCUGCUCCUGAGUCUGCCAUCGCUCUGUCAUCUCCACCAAUCCUCAUGAACCUGCAGCCUCCUCAGCCAAAGACACCCAAGUGCUCGCUGAGUAUGGAGGAGGACGCUCUGACCCCACGACUGGAGGACUUUGGCAUCUCUGAGUACACCAUGUGCUGGAACAAUGAUUUCACCAUGGAUUUGUUCAACAAGAAGCCACCAAAGAACAGCAGCGAAAGAAAUGAAAAUGUUCAGAAACCCCAUAACGUAUUCUCCAAUACAUCAUCUGUGCUGAACAAAGACGUUGCUAACAAAAGUCUCGAAUCCCCGGAGCCUCCAGAGUUUUGCACCCCAGGAUUUAAGAUUGCGAAAAACCACGUCCCAUCUACUCCACUAUUCAAUGGAAAGAAUGAUCUCAAUUCUCCUCCUCGCCUCAAUAAUAACUGUCCUUCCACCCCAGAACUCCCUGCAUUUGAAACCCCUUUUGUCAGCAAGCUAAUAAAAAAGGAGGACAGAGAGGAGGAAAGCAAGAGGCACUCUGAAUCACAGGAGAACAGUUUGCGUCUACCAGAUCUUUCAACCACCAAUGGGACGUCUUGGAAUGAUGCUCCUGAGAUGCCAAAAAUGUUACGUUAUGAAGAGGAAGCAUUGCCUGAGAUGCCGAUCCUACAGUCUAAUUUUGGAAGUUCUCUAGCUUUUAAAAAUACAUCUGGUGAAAGUCUCUCAGGUAUGAAAACAGGAGCAGGUCAUAUGUUAGAAAUGAAACAGACCUCUGUCCCAGUGCCUGAAGAUGGAUUCAACCAGGACUGGUGCCUUUCGACUCCGAAAGUCAGAGUGAAGUUCCCAGCAGAGCCCUGCACACCAGAGAUGCCUGAUAUGAGCUCUGUCACUCAGGAUAUCUUAAAACUUGUGGCUCAGUGCAAGUAUUAAGCACUUACCACUGGAUCUGUGCGGCAGCACUCAAAGCCUGGCUUUCAAAAAAGUGGCAUCAGGAGGAGAACAGCAGUUUGAAGCCGUAACACAAAGGCUCUACUGACUUUUUUAUAAUUACAAACACUUUUAUUACGACUUGAAAAAAACUUAAUAAAUAAUUUUAAAAAGCUUAAGUAC